AAUCGACGAGGAAGGCGAGCUUUUGGCUCCCCUCUUCACCAAGCCCCGUCGCAGAAGCUGUAGUAGAGAGAACCUGACGAGGAGUGAAAUACCAGCUAUCCCGCAAGAAUGGUACUAAGUAAGUCUCAAAUUUUGUAGAACGCAAGGGCAGAGGACUAACAAACGAACCAGCGAUUUUCCGAACCAUGCUCAAGGGGUUGUGGCAGGCGCACCCAUCUACCAACUGAUGCAAUUGUAUCAUGCCUACGGGACCUUUAAGAGAGCUAGGCAUGUGCAACUUCUCAACGGUGCUGGCAAGACUCAAUGCAAAGAUUGUCCGGACGAGAGGCAACACACACGUCGCCACGCUGCAGAUUUGGCGUGACGACGGGCGUGAAGCCGAGUGGAUUCACAUGAUGACCAGAGGCCCUGGAGAACCCAGGGCAACCACAGCAUCAGAGCCUGCGUAUGCUCUGGUCAAGGGCGGCCCCUCUAUCCAUCUUGUGUUGAGAGAGAUCCUGAAUGGCAAAGUUUUGGAAGCGCUGGACUGGGACAGAUACAAGCGCCACCAGAAACUGAUGGUUGGGGAGCAGACGCCCGCCAAUGCCUGGUAUCUUUGUGCGGUCUUGCGUUAUUUGGGCAUUGAUGCCCGGGUAAUGCACUCUGGGUUGUCGAACAAAGCUCGAGGCGACAUGGUUCGUCUAUUCAACAAGCCCAAAAGCACUUUCAAGUGCUUAAUCAUGAUGUUCGACAUGGGGGGCACAGGUCUCAAUAUUCACCAUGCUAAUGACCGUGUCGUCAUCACAAGCAUCGCACGAAGCUGUUGACAAGCAGCUUAUCAGGUCAACAACACAUUCGUGCAUUGGCAGCUCUCAUGAGCUAGACUCAGGAGGCAUUCAAGAUCGUGAUUAUCUCCAGGAUUGAAACUCGAGUAGGCCGUGGCAAUGGAGCUGUCAGAUCACCUCGCAACUGUGACCGCAUGCUGAAUGGUAGCAGGGCUCACA